CCCACAAAUGAUCCAUAUUUUAAGAAGGUCUCUUCAGCAAAAGGAGAGCCACAAGAAGCCUCCAUGUAAUCCAAAACCCCUUUUCUCUGAUCCACAAAGCCCUCAAUUUGUGAUCUCAGAACUAUCAGCAACUAAGCAGAGAAAGCAGGAACGGGAGGAAGAAGAAGGCCAUGUCUGUAGCUUCAAUCACCAACCCCUCUCUCCGUUCAUCUCCUCUUCCAAAAUCAAAGCGCGGCAGACAAACCCCCCUUCCAUUCCACUCCAAGUUCUCAGCCCUUUGCAAUACCAAAUCCAAGGGCGUGGGAAAACAACAUUCGACUAAUUGCGCUGCUUUCGUUAUUAAGGUUUCCUCAUCGGCGACAGAAUCUGAACCAUCGAAGCCGGAGGGGCGUCAGGAGGAGGAAGAAGAAGUGGUAGAAGAAGAAGAAGAAGAAGAAGAUAAAUAUGAAGAAUAUGAGGUUGAGAUUGAGAAGCCUUAUGGGCUGAGGUUUACGAAGGGAAGGGAUGGAUCAACUUACAUUGAUGCCAUAGCUCCGGAGAGCUCUGCAGCCAAGACUAACAUGUUUUCUGUGGGAGACAAAGUCAUUGCCACCAGUGCUGUCUUUGGUGAUGAAAUAUGGCCAGCUGCUGAGUAUGGGCGCACAAUGUACGCAAUCCGUCAAAGAGUUGGGCCUCUGCUCCUGAAAAUGCAGAAGAGAUAUGGAAAGCCGAUCGAUACGACUGAACUUACUGAGAAAGAGAUCAUCAGAGCUGAAAGAAAUGCAGGAUUUAUAAGCAACAAGAUUAGGGAAAUUCAGAUUCAAAAUUAUCUGAGGAAGAAGGAACAGAAGGAAGUUAGGGAGAAUGAUCUUCGCGAAGGACUUUCACUGUACAAGGGUGGUAAAUAUGAAGAAGCCCUAGAGAAAUUCGAAUCGGUAUUGGGAUCAAAGCCGGAGCCGGAAGAAGCUUCGGUCGCAAACUACAAUGUUGCAUGUUGUUAUUCGAAGCUUAAUCAGGUAAAUGCUGGACUUUCUGCAUUAGAAGAUGCCCUGAAAGCAGGAUAUGAUAAUUUCAAGAGAAUUCGCAGCGACCCAGACCUAACCAAUGUUAGAGCAACAAAAGAAUUUGAGGCCCUUAUGAAGAAGUAUGAUGAGUCCUUCAUAAAUGAGAAUGCCAUUAGUGCAAUCAAAUCUCUUUUUGGGAUUUUUAAAAGGAAAUAAUUCAGUGUUAAAUGUUCAUUCACCCAUUGUUUCUUAAGUUCAAUCACAAUGUGGUAUGAAGAAGAUCCAAAUUACCAAAUUUGCUUUUGUAUAGAUUUUCUAGGAGGAUUUGAAGGGAUUACAAUCAUGUAAGUUUUAUG